AUGGAAUCGCUGGGAGCUGCACUGGCUGCGCUGGGAGUUGCACUUGCCAUGCUUGGAACCACACUCGAUUCGCUUGGUGCUGCACUCGCUGUACUUGGAGCCGCACUGGCUGCACUGGGAGCUGCACUUGCCGCGCUUGGAGUUGCACUUGAUUCGCUUGGUGCUGCACUGGAAUCGCUGGGAGCAGCACUGGCUGCACUGGGAGCUACACUUGCCACGCUUGGAGCUGCACUGGAAUCGCUGGGAGCUGCACUGGCUGCGCUGGAGUUGCACUUGCCAUGCUUGGAACCACACUCGAUUCGCUUGGUGCUGCACUCGCUGUACUUGGAGCAGCACUUGAUACACUCGGUGCUCCACUUGCCACGCUGGGAGCCGCACUCGCUGCGCUUGGAGCUGUAGUUGAUUUGCUUGGUGCUGCACUCGCUGCACUGGGAGCUGCACUUGCCAAGCUUGGAGCUGCACUGGAUUCACUGGGAGCUGCACUGCUGCUGGGAGCUGCACUUGCCGUGCUUGGAGCGACACUCGAUUCGCUUGGUGCUGCACUCGCUGACUGAGCGCACUUAGAUGCUGCGGACUGCACUUGGUGCUGCACUUGGCACAAGACUGGGGCUACGGCUGGGAAUAGAGCUAGGGAAAUCAGAAGUGCUCGGUGCUGCACUUGAUGCACUUGGUGCUAGACUGGGGGGAGAACUUGGAGACUGAGCAGAACUCGGUGCUGCGCUUGAUGCACUUGGUGCAAGACUGGGGCUACCUGGAGCAGAGAAGAGUCGAAGGCUUACUUGGGGCAGUGCUUGGAUUAGUGCUUGGGGAAGCAGAUGUCGGGGCGGCCGUUGAUGGACUUGCAGUUGUAGGGGUAGCUGUGGGACUUCCUGCCGUGACUGUAGGGCCUGCAGUUGUUGGGCUUGCUGUAGUGGGUCUAGCAGUUGAAGGCGUAGCAGUUGAGGGGAUAGCUGUUGUGGGGUUAGCCGUCGAUGGACUUGCUGUUGUAGGAGUAGCUGUGGGACUUCCUUCAGUCACUGUAGGGCCUGCAGUUGUUGGGCUUGCUGUAGUGGGUGUAGCAGUUGAAGGCGUAGCAGUUGAGGGAAUAGCUGUUGUGGGGUCAGCCGUCGAUGGACUUGCUGUUGUAGGAGUAGCUGUGGGACUUCCUUCAGUCACUGUAGGGCCUGCAGUUGUUGGGCUUGCUGUAGUGGGUGUAGCAGUUGAAGGCGUAGCAGUUGAGGGAAUAACUGUUGUGGGGUUAGCCGUCGAUGGACUUGCUGUUGUAGGAGUAGCUGUGGGACU